AUGUCGGCGUCAUCAACCCAGGCUCUGGACUACCUGGAGAGUCUGCCCGGCGUCGACCACAAGAAAUUGUACCAGCUGCCGAGCACUGUCCUAGCUGUCUUUCGACGAUUGCUGCCGCACUUAGCAAAGACUAUUGUCGCCGCUAUGCUGUACAUGCCAGGUCCGCUCGCCGCUACAGAUCUUGAUGCUUGGAUACGUCCGGACGCCAAGGCGGAAAAGGAACAGGCUGUCACUCUCCUCCAGGGGCUACACAUCCUGUCCAUCGACCAAGAAAUCCCCUCCAAACCUGUCUACCGCCUCUCCCCGAUCUUCGCAAAAUCGCUGCGGCAAGCGUUAACAGGCGGCGGAAACCACAGGUCAUUCGGCAUACCGUGCAACACGCCUGAGACAGAGAAAAAGGAUAUAACAUUCCUCGAUGAUUAUGCUCGCCAGCAGUGGGAAGCAAUCCUCUACUACAUGGUCGCCAGCACCGGCGCAGGUCUUCGCUCAGCCGCAGAAAUCAGCACCGGCACGAAAAUUCUUCUCAGCACCGGCAACUUUGUAACAAAUAAGAACAGUCGCGUCUCAAUAACCCAGGUCGGCUUUACCUUCUUACUUCAAGAAGUCAAUGCACAGAUUUGGUCUUUACUUGUCGUAUAUUUGAACAACGCUAAAUCGCUACAAAUGGAACACGUCGAUAUCAUUUCUUUUCUCUUCAUGCUGGGCUCUCUCGAACUCGGGCAAGACUACUCUGCAGAGAACCUGACGCCCACUCAAAAACAUAUGCUGGACGAUCUCAACGACUUCGGCAUCGUAUACCGGCCGUCGCCCUCCUCCCCAGUCUUCUACCCAACUCGACUUGCCACAACCCUCACAUCGGACGGCUCCGCCCUUUCCAACACGUCCCUAUCCUCCACCCCGACCAGCGCCCCAGCCGCCGGCAAAGGCUACAUCAUAAUCGAAACCAACUACCGUCUCUACGCCUACACCUCCUCGGUCCUCCAAAUCGCCGUGCUCAAUCUCUUCACCAAACUCAAAACCCGUUACCCUAACCUCGUCGCCGGCCAACUCACGAAAUCAUCCGUGCAACGAGCUAUCGGGUAUGGCAUCACGUCCGAUCAGAUCAUCAGCUAUCUGGCCACGCACGCGCACCCACAGAUGGCGAAGAGCAAUCCAGUCCUGCCUCCUACAGUCGUUGAUCAGAUCCGCCUAUGGCAAAUCGAGGGGGAUCGGAUGAAGGCCACUCAUGGAUACUUGCUCAAGGAGUUUGGGAGCAAGGACGAGUAUGCGGACGCGGUGGCGUACGCCGGAAAUCUCGGUGUCUUGGUAUGGAAGAACGAUGUCAAGAGGGUGUUUUUUGUGAAUCGCAUUGAACAGAUGAAGACGUACAUGACCAAUAAAGCUGCUGCUGUCAAGAAAGGAAAGGAUUGA